CUUAUGUCGUCGUUUCUUCAUUGUUGUUGACAGAUAUUAAAGUAUUUGAAAACAAUGUACGACCAUACAUUACCUAAUUUAGUAUGGAUCCUUUUAAUUAUCGGUUGUACACGAUACGUGGAUGCCGCAUCUUUACGCUGUUACAAUGGAUCUAUGGAUAAUCCUAUGAUAGUUCCACUGGAUUUCCCGAGGCCUUUAAUUAACAAUUCUUGUAUUGAAACAAAUAGAGUUACAAAAUUUUUUAUAUCUGGUUUUAACCGGAACGUUACCUCGGAGGAAUCUAUUACUAUACUUAGCGCAUACAUUAAAAGAGGCGAUGUUAAUGUUGUAUAUUUGGACUGGGCUGAGGAAGCAACAAAAGAAAACCUUGGAACGGUUCUUGGUUACCUGAAAGCAGCAUCGAAUACACAAAAUAUUGGAUUUAGAUUUGCAGCUGCUUUGUUGAAUUUACGCGACGGCGGCUUGGAGUUUACCAAAGUGCAUCUCGUGGGGCAUUCCCUCGGGGCACAGAUAGCUGGUAUCACGGGAAACACGCUGCGUGAUCAGGGAUAUGUUUUACAAAGAGCGACAUGUUUGGAUCCAGCCGGACCUUUGUAUUCGGGAUUAAUAAGUUUUAAAAACGGCGUGGGCCCCGAGUGCGCCAAACAAGUAGACGUCGUGCACACAGACCCCGGCGGCUACGGCAUCGCGGCGCGCGCGGGUACCGCGGACUUCUGGCCUAACUACCAAGGAGGGAAGACUGUCCAGCCCGGCUGUCCCAGCGGGAACUAUCCUUUGCUAAGUCAGGAAGGGUUAUGUAGCCAUGUAGCGGCGUGGAUGUACUUCGCGGAGACAAUAAACGAUUGUAACUGUUUCCCCUCGGCCAGCGCACCGGACUACGCUACCUGGUUGAAUACCAAUGGAACUACUAAUUCUACCAUCUAUAUGGGAGAAUAUAUCUCACCUGAGGCCAGAGGUCCCGACACAGAAGACGAUUGCGGAAGCAAGAUUAACAUACAAUUGCAUCCAAUGUAAGGGAUAUGUAUUCCCGCAGCAUUUCGUUUUAAAACUCUUGCGUUGCUUUUAUUUGUCCGCAUCAGUCCAAUGCCAGUGCCCGGAACGCGCGAAUGUGCGCCAAAAAAAAUUUUGUGCCAUAGAUAAGAAAGUGUAUAUAGGAAAAAUGUACCAAUUACAGAUUAAAAAAUUAUGGAUUAUUUUCAUGC